AUGCUUACUAUUUCUCGCAAUUACUGCACGAAAUGGAAUUUAACUAAAAAAUCAUCGGGUGAAGGAAAUAACGCUAAUGAAGUAUUAAAUUUGAAGGUUUCCAGAAUAUUAGUAAACGAUGACAAUGAAGAAAAUGAUAACUCUGAAGAAUCAUCAGAUAAUUUUGAAGAAAUGGGGACUGAAGAUGAUGAAGUUGUUGAAGGUGAAGAACCUGUAGAAGGUGAAGAAUUAGUAGAAGGUGAAGAAUUAGUAGAAGGUGAAGAAUUAGUAGAAGGUGAAGAAGUAGUAGAAGGUGAAGAACCAGCAGAAGGUGAAGAAGUAGUAGAAGGUGAAGAAGUAGUAGAAGGUGAAGAAGUAGUAGAAGGUGAAGAACCAGUAGAAGGUGAAGAAGUAGUAGAAGGUGAAGAACCAGUAGAAGGUGAAGAACCAGUAGAAGCUGUAGAAGCUGAGGAAGCUGAAGAAGCUGUAGAAGCUGUAGAAGCUGAAAAAUCUGAAGAACAAAAAAGAACUGACCAAUUUGAAGAACUAUUAGAUGUUGAUAAAACAGAAAAGAAUAAUGGAGCGCCGAAAAAUGUAGGAAAACCAAAAGAAAUGUUGGAUGAAACAAUACUCCCAAUUGAUUUAAAAUACAUAGAAGCAUUAGAAGACAUUGCUAUCUCUUUUUUAAAGGAGUUACAAAAUACAACAAACGAUUCUCAAAAAAAAAGCAUAAAAAAAAGUGCCAAUAAAGCUGUAAACAAUUUAUCUAGUGAAUACGCAAAAAAACUUAAAAAGUAA